AUGGAAGCAACUCCCAAUAUUGUUAAAGACGUCUUGCCUAUUUCCACCUUUUUAACGGACUGGCAUACCCGUGUCACCUGGAUUGGUUUCCUCACACUCUGGGUAUUCUGGGGCGCUUCAUGGGUCAUUCGUAACGCCUUUGGUGGUGACUCGAGUACAACCAUUCAAUCCAAUGCUCAAAUUUCCUCAAACUAUAACGGUCAAGGCGAUCCCGAAGUAGGCAACACUACAAAUCAAGGUCAUAAGCAACUCCUCGCUGCUCCUGCCUGGUCUGUCAAUGUCUUUAACCGUCUUAAUCGUGCUCAUGAUAUGCUUCGUGAUCUCGUUCUUAUGUUACUCUCUGUGCUCACACUCAACACUUUUGCCCGUGCUUCUCUUCGUGGUGUCAUGAUUGUUACUUGGUUGUAUGUUGCAUUUGCAGUUGUCUACUUUGUAGUCGAAGCCUCUUAUGAGCAUCGCUAUCUUCGUUUGCUUUACACACUUACAUUCUACACACUUGGUUUGGCCAUUGCAGGUCUUGCUUACAAGAAUGGUUUCUAUGGUGAUGGUGAAUCUACCAACGCCUAUCGUGAUGGUACUUACGAAUAAUUUAUAUUUAUAAUUUUUCUUUUUUACUUUCCAUUUUUUUUUUUAUUC